AUGGCCACCUGCAGGUCACUCGUCCGACAAUGCGCUCUUCAGCUGCGUCGCACUCCUCGGCUUAGCCGUUCUUCAUACCAGACCCUCGGUCGAAUCCAGGUCCCUUUCCGCAGGGCAUACACUACGUCCGUCGGCGCCGCGGAGCUCAAAUUCGGACAGCCGUUGCACGAGACACACCCUCACCUAUUGAGCCCAGGAGAGUUGACCCCCGGAGUCACGGCUCUUGAAUAUGCGCUGCGCCGAUCGCGACUCGCCAACAAACUCCCCGAAGGAGCAGUCGCUAUACUCGCCGCCUCUGAAGUGAAGUACCGUGCGCCCGGUAUCUUUCAUGAGUAUCAUCAGGAGUCCAACUUCUUCUAUUUAACAGGCUUCAAUGAGCCGAAUGCAUUGGCAGUUAUUGGGAACGACGGGUCUGGCAACAACCAUAUCUUCCAUCUCUAUGUUCGGGAGAAGGACCCCAAGGCGGAACUGUGGGAUGGUGCGCGGUCUGGCACCCAGGCCGCUACGGACGUCUUUAAUGCCGAUGAGACAGGAAAUAUCGAAGACAUUGGAAAUAUCCUCCCAAAAAUUAUUGCCAAAGCAACAGAGGUUUACUCCGAUAUCCCCGCCUUCGAUGGGUCCCGAUCAACAUUGCACCGAUACCUAUAUGGCCCGACAGUUGCUUCAGAGAAACUGAAGAAAUUUGUCGACCACCGAAAAGUCAAGUCGUUGAAGCCGCUAAUGAACGAGAUGAGAGUAUUCAAGACGGAGGAGGAAGUCAUGCAUUUGCGCCGGGUUGGACAAGCUUCCGGGAGAGCAUUUACCAACGCCAUGCGCCAAAACUUCACCAAGGAGAAAGAUUUGAACUCCUUUUUGGAGUACCAGUUCAAAGUUAAUGGUUGUGAUGGCAGUGCGUUUGUUCCCGUUGUCGCGGGUGGCCAGAAUGCUUUGAGCAUUCAUUACACCAGGAACGAUGACGUUCUCAGAGACGGAGAUUUGGUUCUUGUUGAUGGCGGCGGUGAGAUCGGAGGGUACAUCUCUGAUAUUACUAGAACUUGGCCUGUGAAUGGCAAGUUCUCGGAUCCUCAGCGGGAUCUGUACAAUGCCGUGCUGAAUGUGCAUCGGACUUGCCUGGCUCUUUGCCGUGAAAAUGCCAACCUGUCCCUCGAUAAAUUGCACGGUAUUGCCGAGAAUGGAUUGAAGGACCAGCUAAAACAGCUUGGGUUCGACCUUUCUGGAAGUGCAAUGAAUGUGUUAUUCCCUCACCACCUUGGCCAUUAUAUCGGUUUGGACGUUCACGAUUGUCCUGGUUACUCUAGAGGGUACAACUUGAAGGCAGGCCAAUGUAUCACCAUUGAACCUGGCAUCUACGUUCCUAACGAUGAGCGAUGGCCCGCGCACUUCCGCGGCAUUGGAAUUCGCAUCGAAGAUAGUGUUUGCGUCGGAGAUGAACACCCGAUUGUUUUAACCCCUGAAGCCGUCAAGGAGGUUGAUGAUAUCGAGGCACUGCGUGGUUAA